UAAUCAAUGAUUCAGUGCUAUUAAUUCUUGCAUUCUAUAGGCCUUUUUGUGUCACCAUGCAGCCCAUGGUUACGCCGUAACUGUGGCCCACUAUCCCCCCUGCACGUUGGACAAGCUGAAAAUGAUGUCCACACCAAGACUCUGAAUCCAUCGAUUGCCCUAACUUCCAUGUAUCCUGCCAACUUGCUUCCCAGCUUACAAAUCGUGUAUGUGUAUAAGGGAUUAGUUGACUAGCACCUACAAGAUGUCCUCUGACUUAUCCGGGGCUAUGGUCUGAAACCCAACAGAAUCCUAUUGCUAGUAGUUUACGACUAUUGGCUUAUACGCGGUGAUCUAUAGAGUUGAAUCGGAUUAUGGCUAGGCGACGUACGUAAUCGGGACAAGGAACCACAACCACUCAACGGUUGACUUUAAAAGGCCAUGUAUUUCUUGUAGAAGCCCCCCCAGUUUCCCUCCUAACCACCCGAGCAGGCACAUCUUUCACAAACCAAAACGAUUAACGGCAAGUUCUUUGUCAUGUCUUCUGAACAAGAUAGCAAGGCUCGUGCUACUGCGGUAGUUGACUUGCUCAAGUCUGCUUUCUCUGGGCGUGUUAUAACCCCUGAUAAGACAUCGGAAUACGAAACCCAAAGAGAUUAUCCAUGGUACGUCCAAACGUGUUGGGCUCCCGCCGCGGCCUAUAUCCAGCCAAGCAGUGCCCAAGAGGUUGCCGAAAUACUCGCCGUCAUUGUCAAGACGGGGUCGAAGUUUGCCAUACGCACCGGCGGACAUAACCCUAACUCCGGCUUUAGUAGUGUUGACGGCGCCGGCAUCGUGAUUGAUCUGCGACAGCUAAACUCGCUGUCACUUGACAAGGAGAAAGGCGCCUUGCAUGUAGGAGCAGGAUCUUCUUGGGGCGAUGUUUACUCCUACUUGGAGGACAAUGGGCUCUCAGCAAUUGGAGGGCGGGACACGCUUGUCGGCCUAGCUGGAUUCUUAUUGGGAGGUGGCCUUCCAGCCUUCCCUAACAUCCAUGGCACAGGAGCAGACGGUGUCAGAGGCCUCGAGGUCGUACUAGCAGAUUCUUCUAUCAUCACUGCUAAUGUACAGGAUAACAAGGAGUUGUAUCGCGCUCUCAAGGGCGGUGGUUCAAAUUUCGGAAUUGUCACGAAGUUCGAUCUUGCAGUGCACCCCUUAAUCAAGGUUCAAUCUACAAUCAACCUGUAUAACCCAUCCGACUACCCGAAUAUCAUCCGCGCAACUGUCAAGGUACAAGAGGCUAUGGAGGCGGACCCGAAAAUAGGCCUUUUUACCAACUUCAACGCUGGAUUCGUCGCGGUCGGGAUGCUAUACGCAGACUCUCCGGAUGAAAAACCCAAGGUCUUUGACCCCUUUUUCGAUCUGACAAGUCUAAUCACUGCCGUCGCACCAACAACGAAUGGGACACUCUUGUCCCUCGCGAAGGCUAUGGCACACUCGACAGAACCGCAAAAACGAAAAAUCGGCACCGUCACCACUAAGGUCUCAUAUGAUCUUUAUCUUGGAGUCUAUGAAGCUUGGCUCGAUGUAACAAACAAGUUGUCAAAGAAUAUCACAUUACACUUCACUGUCCAGCCUGUUUCAAAGGCUGGCGCUCAAGCGGGCGAGGCCCAAGGAGGAAACACGAUGGGGGUGGAAAAAGUUGCUCAAUGUUACAGUAACGAUGCAGCCGCCUCCCAGGCGAUUAAUACUAUGACUCAAAGAGUAGAGAAGCUCGCGCGUGAGAAAGACCUAUACCUCGACUUCCUUGCGAUGAAUUUUGCGAACUCAUCUCAGGACGUGUUGCGCAGCUAUGGCGCGGCGAAUGUUCGAAAAUUGCAGGAGACGGCAGCCAAGUAUGAUCCUAAUGGAGUCUUUCAGAAAUUGCAGAAUGAUGGAUUCUUAUUGCGAAAGACAUCAAAGGAAUAA